AUGGCGGAAGAAGUUUCCCACAAGACAGCUUUUAGCUGGUCCAAUUUCCUCACAUGCUUUCUGGUGUCCAUUGGCUGCGUGGGAUUUGGUUAUCCUUCUGCGAUGACCGCCCCUAUGCUUGCCAAAGCUUCAUUCCCCGAAUUUACCGGGCUUGGAGACGUGGAAGGGAUACACAAAGAUAAAUCAGCGCUGGCCGGGUCGAUUGGUGGUAUUUUUCAGGCGGGAGCAGUGUUUGGUGUUCUGCUGAGCACACAGAUCACUGAUAGGUUUUUCCAAGGAAUGGGUAGCUGGGGAUUCCUGUCCGUUGCCCCUGCUUUUACUGCCGAACUCUCGCACCCUGCUUACCGUGGUCUCACCUCCGGUCUUUGCGGCGUCAUGCUGGGCUUGGGCUAUGCUACAGCCUCCUACUUCGGCCUCGCCUUUCGAUACACUGACAACAAAGCUGCACAAUGGCGUGGUCCUUCCGGUCUAGCCAUGGUCUGGUCUGUGAUUGUCCUCUGUGCCCUGCCCUUCAUUCCAGAGUCUCCACGAUUUCUUCUCAUGCAUGGCCGCAAGGAUGAGGCCUGGAAAGUCGUUGCUCGCCUGCAUGCAUCAAAACGCGACCCUGAGCAGGUAUUCGCGCGUGAGGAAUUCUAUCAAAUGCAAGUCCAAGCAGAACAAGACCGAUCCAAACCAGCCAGCUGGCGCGUCCUCCUCUCAAAAGCCCACAGAAAACGAGUCAUGCUGGCUUGCGGCUUGACAGUGCUUGGACAGAGCACCGCUGUGCUUGUCAUUCAGAAUUAUGCACCAAUAUUCUACAAAGCUCUAGGGUUUGACUCACACCAAACCCUCGAAAUCCAGUCUGGCAGAGAUUCUAUCGCUUUCUUCGGCAACAUUGUUGGCGCACUCCUUCUUGACCGUUUCGGUCGUCGGAGAUUGCUUCUCAUUGGCGUUUUUGCCUGUACGGUGUGCGUCAGCAUCAAUACAGCAAUGGUGGCAGAGUUCACUGGGACCAUGAACAGUGCCGGACUAGGAGUGGGCAUUGCCGCGCUUUUCGUCUACUUGUGCUUCUACGCGUGCUGUGUUGAUGCACCGAUGUUCGUGUUCAUUGCGGAGAUAUUUCCCAAUCACCUCCGCGCCAAAGGAAUCUCACUUUCAAUCGCGGCGCUGGCGCUCAGUGACAUUCUCUAUCUACAAGUCGCACCUUACGCCUUUGCACACGUUGGAUGGAAGUUCUUCCUGCUAUUCAUCAUACUGUCCAUCUUAGGCUGGAUCUGGCUGUACCUCCUAUUCCCGGAGACUAAAGGUGUUCCCUUGGAAGAGAUGGCCGAUAUUCUUGGCGAGAAGACCGAAGUCGCUGUACACAUGUCGGACCUGAAGUUUGAUCGCGAGGCUGGGGUAACCGUGGUCCAUGGCGAAGGUACUAAAGUCGACAUCUUGCCCAAGCCAGGUAGCUUACCUCAACAUGUGGAACAGAUCGGAGUGAAAUCCCAGGUCUAG